AUGGUCAAAGUCGCUAUUGCUGGUGCUUCCGGAAAGCUUGCCCUCGAGGUCAUUGACAAGUUGGCCGCUGCCGGAAAACAUGAGAUCCUCGGACUGGUCCGCAAGGGAGUGAAGUACAUCCAGACUUCUUAUCUAGAGGAGAAGGAGUUGGUAGAUAUUCUCACCGGUGUUGAGACUGUUCUCUCUUUCAUCGUGGCUCACACCGACCCGAAUGCGGAGACAUCCAAGCGCCUCAUCGAUGCAUCAAUCAAGGCCGGUGUGAAGCGCUUUGCCCCGAGUGAGUGGGCGACUGCGGGCUCAAGGAACAACAACCUGUCAGAUGUGAUUGAGUACGCGUCUUGGUACGCCAACAAGCUGGAAGUCAAGAAGUACUUGGAAGACAUCAACAAGAGCAAGAAAGUGAUUGAGUACAGUCUGUUCCAACCUGGAGCUUUCAUGAACUACUUGGGUUAUCCUCACCAGACCACCAAGCAUUAUCAAAUCGAUUAUGCUACCUUCAUUGACUUCGAGAAGGCUACUGCUUUUAUUCUUGAGGGGUCCGAGAGUGCCGAAAUGACGAUCACUACCAUCGAAGACAUCGCGGAGGUAGCCGCACGAGCCGUCGAUUACGAAGGCGAAUGGCCUGUUGUAGGCGGUAUUACCGGCGAUAGAGUCACCAUCGGAGAACUUAUUAGGUUGGGAGAAAAGUGUAGAGGAAAACCCUUCCAGGUCGACAGGUUGAAGUUUGAGGACCUCCAGGCAGGCAUUGUCAAGACAGACUUCUUCCCCGCCAUCGACGUUCCUGGUGUUCCAGCGGAGCAGAAGGAGUACUUCAGAAACGUAAUCGUCAUCGGAGCGACGAUUUCGACAGCUCGAGGCACUUGGGCAACCACUGAUGAGUGGAACAAGUUGCUUCCUGACUUCAAGCCAACCACCAUUGAGGAGUAUCUGCAGAAGACCUGGGGCUCUCAGUAA